AUGGCGGCUGCCUGGGUGGGCCCUUGUUCCCAUCACUUGGGGGAUGCGGAGGGUACUGGGGACAGCAGCAGGACCGCGGACAAUCGCACGCCUUCCGGACGCCCCCAGCCCCGCGAGCUGCUUGCACCCCGGGCUCGUGGAACAAGGGGCUGUAAGGGAAGCUUUAUCAUUUACUCCUUACAUAAAAGUAAAAGGAAAAGGCGCAGCAGCUUCCCAGUAGGACGCUGUCACCCCCCUGUGCUGCGCGCGGUGCUGGAGGCGCUGCAGGCAGGGGAGCAGCGCCGGGGCACGUCGGUGGCAGCCAUCAAGCUCUACAUCCUGAAAAAGUACCCAACGAUGGAUGUCCUUCGCUUCAAGUACCUGCUGAAGCAGGCGCUGGCCACUGGCACGCGCCGUGGCCUCCUUGCCAGGCCCUUGAACUCCAAAGCCAGGGGGGCCACUGGCAGCUUCAAAUUAGUUACCAAGCACAAGAGGAAAAUCAAGCCCAGGAAGAUGGCCCCCAAGGCCCCCAGGAGAGCGAGUGAGGCCAAGGAGAAGGUCCCCAAGAAACCAGAUGAGGCCAAGGAGGAGCUUCCCAAGGCAGACAAGGUGAAAAAGGCAGCCAAGAGGCCAGCAGAGGUGCAGAAGUUUCCUCUCAAGCCAGGUGCAGCCACAGAAAAAGCUGGCAAGCAAGGCAGCAAGGCCAAGGACACCAAGGCACAGCCAGGCGAGGCUCAGAAGCUGCACCCCAAGCCAGACAAGGCCAUGCAGGCCCCUUCUAGUGCCAGUGGGUUCAGCAGGAAGACAGAGGCCAAAGGCAGCAGGAGGAUCCAAGGAGAUGCUGAGGCCUGCAGGAAAACCAAAGCCGGGAGUAAGAGUUCAAGACCCACGGUGAGCAAGGUCAAGAAUGGUGCUGCUUCCCCAACCAAAAAGAAGUUGGUAGCCAAGGCCAAGGCCCAGGCCCCGGCCCCUAGAGGGGCAGCUGCCCCCGUGGCUGGGCAGGGGCGGAAUGCCAAGGGACUCUCCGAGGAACCACAGAGAACUGUUCAGAUGCAACAUGGGAGCCCCAAACUGCAUGUGUGCCAGCUUCUUACUCGAGUUUGCAUCCUGUUGCAUCCUGAUGGCAUCAUCGUGGCCUGGGGAUCUAUGAGGAAUCUCUGA